UUUGUUUCAAUACGCCCACAAAAAAUAAACUAAAAUAAUUAUUGCUUUUAAAAUACAUAUAUAAUUAAUACUUAAUUACGUCAAUACAUAUUUAUAUAUAAAUGGCGACGCAAUCAGUGGUGGUGUACUUUUACGUCAAUUUAUGCAAGUGCGAUGGCUGCAAGAAAAUACCGCGCGCUCUUGAGAAAAACGUUAGGGGAGUGAAACAAGUGGGUCUGGAUUACGAGAAGAACAUAAUGAGUGUGGUUUCGUAUCCUGGCGAGACGGUAAAUGAAGAGAAAGUCGCCAAAUAUAUGUGGGACAAAUUUAGUAAGAGAGUCGUCAAACUUGAAACCCCUCCCCCUCCACCACCAGAUGUUCCAUCAUCAUCUUCGUAGACGUCCAUCAAAAUCGAGUGAUCGAUUCACACCUGUUUAAUUUGUCCAUCAACUUAAAUAAUUAAUUGGUCAUUUGGACCAUCAUAUUAUCAGAUUUUUAUCGUUAUAGUUAUUAUAUGUGUACGUACUUUUAUUUCUUCGUGUAUGUUACUAAUUAUUGUAAUAAAGAAUGAAUAAUGUU